GGCGGCGGGGCGGGUCCGGUCGCGGGGAGUCCCCACCGUCCGCGGGGCCGCCUUGGACCGGAGCACAGGCCAUGGCGAGGGAGAGGCCGCCCGGACGCGGCUGUGGCGCCCUGCCCCGGUGUCUGCUCGGCGCCGCGCUGCUGCUGGGCCUGCGGCUCUGCGUAGAGCUGCGGCGCGUGGGGUCGGGGUCGGGAGCCCCAGUCCGCAGCGCCCCGCCGGGCCCGGUCCCCGGGCCGCCCGCGCCGCACCUGCUGCCCCCGCCUGGCCCUCCGAGGGGCACCAGCAGGAGGCAGGUGACCUACGUGCGCCGCGGGCGCCGGACGCUGGAGCCGAGCUGCUGCGCCCCGCGGAAGGGUUCCCGGUGGCAAAUACAGCUCCAGCCAUGGGCAGGCCCUGCUCAAUCUUUGGAUGAAGAAGCCUGGAGAUUCCUGAGAUAUAUCAGCACCACCCAGAUUGCAUGCAAUCACAUGAGCACAGACAGCCUGGCUACCCACUCCAGCCCUGCAAACAAGCCCUGGUUGGUGUGUCUUGAUGACAGGUUUGGCUUAGCUCAUCAAAUCCGCAGCAAGCAGUGCCGCCUCUACUCUUUAGGGCUGGGAAGUGACGAUACCCGUUUUGAGGUGAGCAUGGCCAACGAUGGAUGUGAAGUGCACCGUUUUGAUCCUAGUGUCAAAUCGGCUCACAUUCUGGAGAGUCAGCGCCUGUGGUAUCACCGCCUGUCCAUAGAUUGGCGGGAUCCUCAUCCAGCUCUUGCCGCCCAAAAACCAUACAGCACCACCAGAAAACUGGGAAGUAUUUUGAAUGAAUUUGGGCAUCACAAGAUUGAUGUUCUCAAGGCAGAUCUGGAAAGUGCAGAAUGGAAAGUUUUGGAAAAUCUUAUUCUGGAAGAUGUCCUUGAACAGAUUGGACAGCUUGUCUUUGAGAUUCAUCUCCACUGGCCUGGGUUUGAGGUCAGUGGCAGUGACAGCAGUGUUGUGCGGUUCUGGUACAGUCUCCUCAAAGAGCUAGAACAGAAGGAUUUCAGGCUUUUUCACAGUUACAAAGAUUUAUCUAAACCUCAGCUAUUCCUGAAGAAAGAUAUUUUCAACGCUAGUAGCUGUUACACUUUGAGUUGGGUGAAUACAAGGUGGAAAUAGGACAUAGGACUUCAUCAAAAACACAAGGAAAUAUUUUGCAGAAUUGAACAUGUCCCCCAUUCUGUUCAUGUGUUUACAUGUCCAGCCUCUCACCAGCCUAUUGUUAUGGACUCAAGACAUGGAUUUUGAUUGUUUCUGUAGAUGUGUACCCUGGCACUGGACAUGUGAUGGGGCAGUUAAUACUUGUUAAAGGGAUGAACUUGUCACUCCCAUCUGCCUAAGCUCAGCCUCUUUGUCUUUUUGCCUUUGACAGGAAUGGGGAUGUUUGUCUUUCUUCAACCGCGUUGAGAAGCUAAAUCCUCAGAUCAUUCCAGAUUUCCCUCAAAUUAAUUAUGUAUCUAGAGUCCACAAAUUUAAAAACAUUAAAAUUACAUAGAUUUUCCAUUUUUA